CCACGUGACGCGGAAGUAGAUUGAAUUGUUUCAGCGUUGUUGUGUUUACAUCAACAGCUCCUCGUUUACAUACCGCGUGCAGGUUCGUUGAGUAAACAAGCACAACAAGAACACGUGAGAACUCUGCAGUGCUUGGAUGAAGUGACCAUGAAGCAGGACAGUGAUGCUGUGAACGUCCCUGCGUGCUUCAUAUCAAACCAUGAAGGUUUUUUUGGAAGCAUAAAAAACUUUAUCAAAGACUUUGUGGUGACUGAGAUAGACAUCACUGGACGGCGUGUUAACACAGCAGCAGCAGCAGCAGCAGCAGCAGCAGCAGCCACACGGACACCAGACUGGGCCUCCUCAGAUAAAAACAAUGAAAGCAGUGCAGAAUGUAAGUGGAGUAAUUAUUCCUUAGUCUCACAGGACACUGAUGUUUCAGCUGAGUGUGGGUUAGAUGUCACUAUCCCCAGUCCAGGCAGUUUUGAUUUAAGUGUGAUUUUAGGCCAGCCAGUCAGCGAAGAGCUUGAGCAGUUUGUCUUGACUCUCAAAGAAAAGCCCACCAAGCAGGAGCUCUCUCUGGGAUCCUUUGCUGACAAACACCACAGAGCUAACGUCCACCGGGCCGUCAGACAUCGCUUUCCCUUCCUCAUGACUGUCACUAUUCAGCCUGAGAUCAGGGUGAGGGAAGACCCCGACUACAGAGAGCUCUCCCAGCUGGUUACAGAGGACGAAGCAGAGGACUUCUUCAGGUUCAUAGAUGCCAAAGUGCGAGGCUCAUCCUACAUGUUUGGACCUGAUAACGAUAAGGAGCACAGGACGGCGGUCCACCACUUCCUGAGCCGAAGGUUUGGCAAACUGGUGGAGACUAAAAGCUUCACGGACCAGGGGACAACAGCCAUCUCGGUUAGGCUGAGAGAACAAGGGAGGCCAAAGAAAAGAUCUGCAGAGGAACGUAAAGAAGAAGAAGUUUACACUGCUUUCACUCUGCUCAAGGAGAACCUGGAGACUCUGGAGGCCAUCAGCUACAUGGCAGCCGCUCUUGGGGUCCUACCGUCAGAUUUCACUUACGCUGGCAUCAAGGAUAAGCGAGCCAUCACUUACCAGUCUAUGGUGGUCAAGAAGGUCUCAACUCAACGGUUGAAAGAGAAGACAGCUGAGUUUGAGAAGAGAGGGAUGCGUCUGUCUCAGAUCCGCGCCGUCAGUGAGCCUCUCAGGCUUGGACGACUACAGGGGAACCACUUUGACUUGGUGGUCCGCGACUUGAGACCACACAGUGACGCGCACACCUCUGGAGCCGACAAACACACUCGCCUAGCAGCGCUGGUAAAGGAAGCAGUGGAGAAUGUCAAGGCCAGAGGUUUUGUCAACUACUAUGGACCACAGAGGUUUGGGAACAUGCAGAGCAUUCAGUCCGACCGUGUAGGACUAGCUUUGCUCAAAGAAGACAUGGUCAGCGCUGUGCAUCUCUUCUUCACUCCAGAGGACAGCAAUGAUCCUCAGAACCACGCGAAGAGACACUUCCUCCAAACAGAUAACGCAAAGGAGUCUUUGGCGCUGAUGCCAUUGUCGAAAGCCAGGGAGCGGCUGAUGCUUCGGGCCCUGAACCGCUACGGUACAGGUCCGGAUGGUUGCACCCAAGCUUGGCUCAGCCUGCCCCACAGCAUGAGAGUCUUCUACCCACACGCCUACUGCAGCAGAGUGUGGAACGAGGCCGUGGCACACAGGCUGACCACUCUGGGCCACAGUGCCAGGCAAGGAGACCUGGUGUGGAUGAAGGAAGAAGGCACAGGAGAGACCAGCUCGGCUCAGAUCCAUGUGGUGACGGACCAAGAGGAGCAAGAGAAAGUGUACACACUGGGACAUGUGUUACUGCCGAUGCCAGGAAACACUGUGAAGUAUCCAGAAAAUGCCAUGGGGACUUGGUUCCAGGAGAGACUGGCCAGGGACGGACUGGACGCCUGUCGCUUCAGAGUCAGCAACCUCAAACUAAAUCUGCCUGGCUGCUACCGCCCCCUGCUGGCUUUACCACGCAACCUUAGCUACCAGCUGCAGAGAGCAGCCUGUGGGGAGGGAGGAGAGGGGACAGGAAACUGCAGUCGAUAUAGUGACAGGCAGCUUAAUGGCACAACAGCAGAAGGGAAGCAGGACUUGCUUACUCUAACCUUAAACUUGGACCUGGACUCCUCCUGCUAUGCUACUAUCUGUCUCAGAGAGAUCAUGAAGUGUGACCCUUAAGGGCAAGGGACGUCGGUCCUGUUGUGUUUCUACAUACUUUGCAGAAGAGAAGGAGUUUUCUUGUUUUUUAGUUUUUGUAACCCAUCAUUGUAAUACAUUAUUAGUAGCCUUUUGGUUUGUUGUUGAAGUAAUGAGCAUAAGACUGUGUUUCUAAAUGGAAAAAAUAUGCAUCAUGUGCAAUUGAUAAAACAAACGAACAAAUCUAAAUGUAAAAGCGUGUAAACAGUGUCUGUGUUUUGUGCCAUGAAUAAAACCUUUAGAAAU